AGGAUGAAUGCACCCACUUUUGCGGGGACUGAGAACCCCACAACGGUGCUGGAGUGGAUCAAAGAGCUGGAUAAGAUCUUCACUGUGCUUCCCCUCCCUGACCGUCAGCGAGUGUCCCUAGCAGCUUAUCAGAUGAAGGAGGACGCCUCUGACUGGUGGAUUGACCACUGGGCCCGGAGGCCAGAGGCGGAGCUUCAUGCUCUCACUUGGGAGCAAAUGAAAGUGAUGGUGCGCAGCAAGUUCCUUCCCCAGAGCUUUUGGGAUAGGAUGGAGCAUGAGUUCUACCACUUGCAGCAGGGCAGCUCCACAGUGGACGAGUAUAUCCGUACCUUCACCUGGAUGUGUCUUUUCGCGGGCGACUCAGUGAAUACCGAUGCCAAGAAGGCCCGCAAGUUUCUUAAGGGGCUCAAUCAGAGGAUCCGUGAACUAGUGGGGAGUCACGGACUGAUGUCUUUUGCCGACACUGUGAGUCGGGAUCAGGAGGUGGAGAGUUGUCUCAUCCCGAUAGCUCCAGUCCCUUCAUAUUAUCAUGCCUACCAGCCUUCUCAGACCGUG